AUGCCGCGCAGGCCUCGGUGCAGGGCUGUGCGCGCCCUGUUGCGCAGCCGGUACCGCGAGGUGCUGCCGCUGGCGGCCUUCGCCCGCCGCCUGGGGCCCGAGGGCCGGCGGCUGGUGCGGCCCCGGGACCCCGCGGCCUUCCGCGCACUGGUGGCCCAGUGCUUGGUGUGCGUGCCCUGGGACGCGCAGCCGGCCCCCGCGAACCCCUCCUUCCGCCAGGAGUCGAGCCUGAAGGAGCUGGUGGGCCGCGUGGUGCAGAGGCUGUGCGAGCGCGGCGCGCGGAACGUGCUGGCCUCGGGCUUCGCGCUGCCCCGCGGGGCGGGCGGCGGGCCGCGCCUGGCCUUCAGCGCCAGCGUGCGCAGCCACCGGCCCAACACGGCGGCCGAGGCGCUGCGCGGCGGCGGCGCCUGGGAGCUGCUGCUGCGCCGCCUGGGCGACCAGGUGCUGGGCCACCUGCUGGCGCGCUGCGCGCUCUUCCGGCUGGUGCCGCCCAGCUGCGCCUUCCAGCUGUGCGGGCCGCCGCUCUACCGGCUGCGCGCGCCCGCCGGGGCCCGCGCCGCGCCGGGGGCCGGGCGGCCGCCCUCCGCGGAGAAGCCCCGGCGCCGGCCGCGCCCCGGCCGCGCGCCAGGCCCGGGUCGGGCCCCGGCCUCCACGGAGACCAAGCGCUUCCUCUACGCGCGCCCGGGCGGCCCGGAGCGGCUGCGCCCCUCGUUCCUGCUCAGCGCGCUGCGGCCCAGCCUGGCCGGGGCCCGCCGGCUGGUGGAGGCCAUCUUCCUGGGCCCCGCGCCCGGGCCGCGGCGUCGCCUGCCCCCCCGCCUCUGGCGGGCCCGGCCCCUCUUCCGGGAGCUGCUGGCGAACCACGCGCGGUGCCCCUACGGCCGGCUGCUGCGCGCGCACUGCCCGCGCCGCGCCGCCGCCGCCGCCUCGCGCGAGCCGCUGCGGCUGCUGCGCGCGCACAGCAGCGCCUGGCAGGUGUACGCCUUCCUGCGGGCCUGCCUCCGCCGCCUGGUGCCCGCCGGCCUGUGGGGCUCCGGCCACAACCGCCGCCGCUUCCUGAAGAACACCAAGAAGCUGGUGGCCCUGGGGAAGCACGCCCGGCUGUCGCUGCGGGAGCUGACCUGGAAGGUGAAGGCGCGGGACUGCGCCUGGCUCCGCGGCCGCGCAGGGGAUGGCUGUGUGCCAGCUGCGGAGCACCGGCGGAGGGAGGGGGUUUUGGCCAAGUUCCUGUUCUGGCUGAUGGACACGUAUGUGGUUGAGCUCCUCAAGUCCUUCUUUUAUGUCACCGAGACGACGUUCCAGAAGAACAAGCUCUUCUUCUACCGCAAGAGUGUGUGGAGCCAGCUGCAAAGCAUUGGAGUCAGGCAGCACUUGGAGAGGGUGCGGCUGCGGGAGUUGUCAGGCUCCGAGGUCAGACAACAUCAGGUGGCCAGACCGGCCCUGCCCACCUCCAGACUCCGCUUCAUCCCUAAGCCCUGUGGGCUUCGCCCCAUCGUGAACAUGGACUACAUUGUGGGCCCCAGAGCUGUCUGCAGAGAGCAGAAGGCCCAGCGUUUCGCCCAGCACAUCAAGACUCUGUUCAGCGUGCUCACCUACGAGCGGAUGCGGCGUCCCGAGCUGCUGGGGGCCUCCGUGCUGGGCCUAGACGACAUCUUCACCGCCUGGAGGGCCUGGGUGCUGCGGGUGCGUUCCCAGAACCCCGCGCCCAGGCUGUACUUCGUGAAGGCGGAUGUGACCGGGGCGUAUGAGGCCCUCCCCCACGACAGACUGGCAGAGGUGGUGGCGAGAGCCAUCAGGCCCCGAGAGAACACCUACUGCAUCCGCCACUACGCCGUGGUCCAGGGGGCCGUCCAGGGGCGCGUCCACAGGUCCUUCAGGAGACACGUCUCCACCUUCACAGACCUCCAGCCCUACAUGCACCAGUUCCUGGAGCAUCUGCAGGACACCAGCGCGCUGAGGGACGCCGUCGUCAUUGAGCAGAGCUGCUCGCUGAACGAGGACAGCAGCGACCUGUUUGACUUUUUCCUGCACUUUGUGCACAACAGCGUGGUGAGGAUCGGCAGCAGGAGCUACGUCCAGUGCCAGGGGAUCCCGCAGGGCUCCAUCCUGUCUCCGCUCCUCUGCAGCCUGUGCUACGGGGACAUGGAGAACAAGUUGCUGCCUGAGAUUCAGCAGGAUGGGCUGCUCCUGCGACUAGUUGAUGACUUCCUGCUGGUGACACCUCACCUGGCCAAGGCACAAGCUUUCCUCCGGGUCCUGGUCCGAGGUGUCCCCGAGUACGGCUGUGAGAUAAACGUGCAGAAGACGGUGGUGAACUUCCCUCUGGAGGGCGUGGCCCUGGAUGGGGCCGCCCCGAUGCAGCUGCCUGCUCACUGCCUCUUCCCCUGGUGUGGGCUGCUGCUGGACACGCAGACCUUGGAGGUGUUCUGUGACUACUCCAGCUACGCCCAGACCUCCAUGAGAGCCAGCCUCACCUUCCACCGCGGCUUCAGGACGGGGAGGACCAUGCGUCACAAGCUCCUGGCCGUCUUGCGCCUGAAAUGCCACAGUCUGUUCCUGGACCUGGAGGUGAACAGCCUCCAGACCGUCUGCACAAACGUGUACAAGAUCUUCCUGUUGCAGGCCUACAGGUUUCACGCCUGCGUGCUGCAGCUCCCCUUUGACCAGGGUGUGUGGAGGAACCCCUCAUUCUUCCUGAGGAUCAUCUCCGACGUGGCGGCCUGCUGCUUCUCCAUCCUGAAAGCCCGGAACACAGGGCUUUCACUAGGAUCCAAGGGUGCCUGCGGCCCUUUUCCCUCUGAGGCUGCACAGUGGCUCUGCUUCCGGGCCUUCCUGCUCAAGCUGGCCUGUCACCGUGGCACCUACAAGUGUCUCCUGGGACCACUCAGGACAGCCCAGACCCAGCUGUGCCAGAAGCUCCCCAAGGCCACACUGGCUGUCCUGCAGGCCGCUGCUGACCCAGCGCUGGCCACAGACUUUAAGACCAUCCUGGACUGAUGGGCCUCCCGGCAGGACCAGCUCUGGCUCCAGCUGUGGCCACACAGGCCAGCCAUAGCAAGUCUCGUGGUAUCCCUGACACCUGCCCUGUGGUGGUGUGAGGUCUGUCCCCACGCCCCGCCUCCCCGGGUGGGCUCCGUGUCCUCCCCGUG